GCCUCUGUUUGUUCUGUGAUAAACUCCGACACAGGCGGGCGCUGGGGAAGGGGCCUGCAUUGUCCUUGUGGACGUCCGGCGGCCGGGAGGUAGAUCGGGGGUGGCAGCCUGCAGGGCCCCCUCCCAUGGAAAGAGAAGUUGCCAGGACCCAAGCUCUGCCACCACCCCCAGGAGCAUUGAUCAGCUGCCUUUGGGGGCCCUCUGCCAUUCUCCACGGUGCAAGGCAGCCUGGCUCUGCUCUCUGGGUCCCUGCCGGGUCAGAGUGGCCGGUGCGGGCCGAGCGAUGGCGCUGCUCACCCACCUGCUGGCAUGCGUCUUCGGGACGGGCUCCUGGGCAGCCCUCAAUGGCCUGUGGGUGGAGCUGCCCCUGCUGGUGACCGAGCUGCCUGAGCAGUGGUACCUGCCCUCCUACAUCACCAUCAUCGUCCAGCUGGCCAACGUGGGGCCGCUGCUGGUCACCCUGCUGCACAGGUUCAAGCCCGGCCUGCUGAGCGAAGUGGCCGUCAUCUAUGGCGUGGUGGCCGUGGGAGCCCUGGCCUGCCUGCUCUUGGCCUUCCUUUGGGGUUUUACCUCCCCUGUCGCCGGGGAGCCCCACAGCACGGCCUUCUUCGGCCUCGCCUUCUGCCUGGCGCUGGUGGACUGCACCUCCUCAGUCACCUUCCUGCCCUUCAUGGCGCGGCUGCAGCCCCACUACGUCACCACCUUCUUCAUGGGGGAAGGGCUCAGCGGGUUCCUCCCAGCCCUCAUUGCCCUAGCCCAGGGCGCCGGCAUCGCCAGGUGCGUCAACGUCACCCGGGUCGCCAACGUAACCGUGGGCAACAACACCGCCGAGGGCAGCCAGUUCCAAAUGGAGACCCAGUAUCUCCCAGCCAACUUCUCCACCCUGGUCUUCUUCCUCCUCCUGGCCGCCAUGAUGGUCGCCUGCUUGGUAGCCUUCUUCUUCCUCACCAGGCUGCCCAAGGCGUGGGAGCUGUCGAGACAAAACUUGUGUCCUAGCACCAUCACUCUCCACUCACUUCAGGAAAUCCCUGGGGAUGGGCCCAGGCUAUCUGUGGGAGGAGACUCCCCAAGGGGAGGAAAGCCAGCGAGCUCCGACAAGGGAUCCCAUCAUACAGACCCAGAGGUUACCUACUCUCUGGCCAAGUUUGCCUUCAUCUACCUCCUUGUUGCCUGGGUGAACUCCCUAACCAACGGGAUCCUGCCAUCCGUGCAAGCCUAUUCCUGCUUGCCCUAUGGCAACAUGGCCUACCACCUGUCUGCCACCCUGAGCUCCAUGGCUAACCCGCUCGCCUGCACCAUCGCCAUGUUUCUGCCCAGCAGGUCUCUGGCCCUGCUGGGGGCGCUCUCCGUGGCUGGGACAGGAUUUGGGGCCUAUAACAUGGCUAUGGCUGUCAUGAGCCCGUGCCCCCUCCUUCAGCACUCGGCUUGGGGGCACGCCAUCAUCGUCAUCUCCUGGGUGUGCUUCACGGGGAGCCUCAGUUACGUGAAGGUGAUGACCGGGGUGAUCUUGCGGAGCCAGAGCCACAGCGCCCUCGUGUGGUAUGGGGCAGUAGAGCAGCUGGGGUCUCUGACCGGGGCCCUCAUCAUGUUCCCCCUGGUGAACGUCUAUAGCUUCUUCAGAUCUGCUGACUAUUGCAGCCUGCAGUGUCCAGCGUGAGCCUGGGCCGGGGGAGGUGCUCUGGGGAGGAGCUGUGGCAAGGGACUUGCUGGCCAAGGACAUCAUGGACUCCAGUGACUUCCAGACUGGGCAGAAAACACCUCCGCCCCUAUCUCGUUAGCUUGAUGGAUCUCCAUGCUGCAGCCCAUAGUCUCCAAACACGGCGCGGCGAAGCACACCCCAAUCAGUUAUGCAAACAGUCAGGGCCGGCUCCAAGCACCAGCCUGGCAAGCAGGUGCUUGGGGCGGCUGCUCCGGAGAGGGGCGGCACGUCCAGGUAUUCGGCAGCAAUUCGGCGGACGGUACCUCACUCCGCCUGGGAGCAAAGGACCUCCCGCCGAAUUGCCGCCGCAGAUCGCGAUCGUGGCUUCUUUUUUUUUUUUUUUUUGGCUGCUUGGGGCAGCCAAAACCCUGGAGCCGGCCCUGCAAACAGUGCUUUGGCUCCACAAGAAGAAUGGAGUCAGGGACCCACAUGGCUGAAAAGGCAACACAGCUGCCCCUCAAGCCCCCCCCACCCUGACAGGCUAGGGGAGUGGUGGUUUCUCUUGGGAAGUUUAAAGCAAAACGGGUCAGUACAAGUGAUCUGGGAGGAAGCAACAGGCUCUCAGCUCUGCCCAGUGCAUAGACACAUUGUCUUGUGCACUGACGGGUCCCUCUACAAACCCCAGUGUAUCCAUCUCCAUCCUGCGCUGCCAGCAGAAUCCGGCUGGAGCAUUCCCCACUGCGUGCUGCCCCAGGGCGUCGGUUCAGGUGCUGUACCCAGGGUAACCCAGUCUGUGCUUUUUGGGAAGCAGGUGUUCCAGCUCCUCUCAAGCCUGACAUUUGUUUGCUCACAUUGACUCUGCUCCCUGGGGCGUGCUCUGGAUCUGUCACCUGCCUUGAUAGAGCAGAAAUCAUAGAAUACCAGGGUUGGAAGGGACCUCAGGAGGUCAUCUAGUCCAACCCCCUGCUCAAAGCAGGACCAAUUCCCAGACAGAUUUUUACCCCCGUUCCCUAAAUGGCCCCCUCAAGGAUUGAACUCACAACCCUGGAUUUAGCAGGCCAAUGCUCAAGCCACUGAGCUCUCCCUCCCCUCAACUUUGAUUUUUCCCUAUUGACUUACAUAGAUCAGUUCUUUCUUCUUUCUCGUCCCAUCUCCUCCCGUCCCAGUUUCCUUCCAUUUGGGAUUUUACUGAGUGGUUUCCAUUCUAUGGUUCUGAGACACUCACGACAUUCCUGCUGGAGUUUAGGGAACUAUAGAAACAUAGAAAUGUAGGGCUGGAGAGGGGCUCAGGAGGUCAUCAAGACCAGGCCCCUGGGCUGAGACAGGACCAAGUAAACCUAGACCAUCCCUGACAGGUGUUUGUCCCACCUGCUCUUAAAAACCUCCAAUGACGGGGAUUCCACAACCUCCCGUGGAAGCCUGGUCCAGCAUUUAACUACUCUUACAGUUAGAAAGUUUUCCCAAUAUCUAACCUAAAUCUCCCUGCCUGCGGAUUAAGCCCAUUUCUUCUUGUCCUACCUUCUGUGGGCAUGGAGAACAAUUGAUCACUGUCCUGUUUAUAGGAGCCCUUCACAGAUUUGAAGACUUAACAGGUCACCCCUCAGUCAUCUUUUCUCAAGACUAAACAUGCCCAGUUUUAUUAACUUUUCCUCACUGGUCAGGUUUUCUAAACCUUUGCUCAUUUUUUUUGCACUCCUCUGGACACUGUCCAGUUUGUCCACAUCUCUCCCAAAGUGGGGUACCCAGAACUGGGCACAGGACUCCGGCUGAGGCCUCCCCAGUGCCGAGUAGAACGGGACAAUUACACGUGACAUGCCUGCUAACACACCCCAGAACGAUAUUAGCCUUGCCCUUUUCCUCAACUGCAGCACAUUCUGACUCGUUCACGUUGUAAUCUCUGUAACCGCCGGCUCCUUUUCAGCAGUACGACCACCUUGCUGGUCAUUCCCUGGCUGUUAUUUUGUAGUUGUGCAUUUGAUUUUUCCUUCCUACGUGUAGUGCUUUGCAUUUGUCUUUACUGAAUUUCAUCUGGUUGAUUUCAGACAUGGGGAGAAGGCAGGGGAAUUCAGGGAAGGGCAAAGAGUGCUUUAGAAGUUGCAACACAAUGAAAGUAACAGUUGUGUUGACACUGUGUGCUGCCCCCUGGGGGUCAGGCCUGUCUCUGCUAGGGCUUAAAGCACAUAUGCAUGUCCCAAAAGCAGCCCAAACAAUUCCAUCUCCUCUUUGAACACAGCCCUCCGAGAGCCACAACGGAGGGGAGGACUCCAGACUGCCCCAGGCUGGGGGCUGGUCAGAGCUUUGUUGCUAGCUAAGCUGUCAGGAUGGGCAAGUAGCAGGAUUGACACCUCUAGCCCGAAAAACCUACAUGACACUAGUGGUCUUCCUCUGUAAAUCCCAGUGAGAGUAAGGAAUGCUUAGGGUUAAUGGAUGGCAUGAUGUGGAUGGUACCAGCUUGCAGAUCAGAUGGAAAAGUCAGGCCUUGACCCCCUGUAGCCACUGAAAAGCCCAAUGCAUUUGCCAGCCCUGGAAUCCUGGCCAGAUUCCUACCUAAACUCCCCUCUCGUUUCAAUGGGAUAUAUUCUUCUUCACUUCCUGUCCUGAACUGUUGCGUAGUGUUGUUGGUAUUGUUAUUUCCCACCCCAGAGAUGGCUGCAUUUCUCUGGCAUCAUUUGUAAUUCUGUGGAGCGCCUUAAACUUGCGAAAGGUGCUGUCUCGACCAGUACGUGCCCCUCCCCACCUCCCAGUCACUCCACUCCCCUGAGUCGCACUGCAUCUGCCAAGUGAAAAACUGCUUCAGCCGGUUCUGCCAUGGCCACGUCGUAUGGGGUGAAUCCAGCCCUGCCAGGAGCUGCAUCCCACAAACAUCCCUGUGCAAAGGACAAGGUAACGGAUACAGAGACCAGCCCUGUGCCAGCCAUGCCAGGCACUUGCCUGACUGGUACUGUGCCAGCCAUGUCAGGCACUUGCAAGAAUCCUGUAGGUUUGCGAGCAUAAGGGAGAGGCCUCCCUGACUCUGAAUAGGACAUGGGCUUUGCAUACAGUGCUCCGCUGUGGAUUUUUACCCGACUGGGACAACCUCGGUACACACAGCGCAGCUUUGUUCCACCAGGCGUCACUGCAGCCCUAGAGAGCAGAGAGAGAAGGCAGAGGUGGGCUGGUUAUGGAGAGACCCUCGUGGCUCCAACAACGCUGGUUACAGAGUCAAGCAGGGUGCAGGCCUGCAGGAGAAUAAAAGGGCUGGGGGCUGGCUGGGUUUGUAACUAAGCUGGGCCAGGCCUGGUCAAUGCUUGCAUGGGACACUGCUAAGGACAGUGAUAUUGAGUCUCAGAUGAGCCAAAACCCUGGUCUAGGUGCUCAGAGGGCCUGGAAAUGAACCUGGGGUCAUAGAUUCUAGGACUGGAAGGGACCUCGAGAGGUCAUUGAGUCCUGUCCCCUGCCCGCAUGGCAGGACCAAAUACUGUCUAGACCAUCCCUGAUAGACAUUUCUCUAACCUACUCUUAAAUAUCUCCAGAGACAGAGAUUCCACAACCUCCCUAGGCAAUUUGUUCCAGUGUUUAACCACCCUGACAGUUAGGAACUUUUUCCUAAUGUCCAACCUAAACCUCCCUUGCUGCAGUUUAAGCCCAUUGCUUCUUGUUCUAUCCUUAGAGGCUAAGGUGAACAAGUUUUCUCCCUCCUCCUUAUGACACCCUUUUAGAUACCUGAAAACUGCUAUCAUGUCCCCUCUCAGUCUUCUUUUUUCCCAACUAAACAAACCCAAUUCUUUCAGCCUUCCUUCAUAGGUCAUGUUCUCAAGACCUUUAAUCAUUCUUGUUGCUGUUCUCUGGACCCUCUCCAAUUUCUCCACAUCUUUCUUGAAAUGCGGUGCCCAGAACUGGACACAAUACUCCAGCUGAGGCCUAACCAGAACAGAGUAGAGCGGAAGAAUGACUUCUCGUGUGUUGCUCACAACACACCUGUUAAUACAUCCCAGAAUCAUGUUUGCUUUUUUGCAACAGCAUCACACUGUUGACUCAUAUUUAGCUUGUGGUCCACUAUAACCCCUAGAUCCCUUUCUGCCGUACUCCUUCCUAGAGAGUCUCUUCCCAUUCUGUAUGUGUGAAACUGAUUGUUCCUUCCUAAGUGGAGCACUUUGCAUUUGUCUUUGUUAAACUUCAUCCUGUUUACCUCAGACCAUUUCUCCAAUUUGUCCAGAUCAUUUUAAAUUAUGACCCUGUCCUCCAAAGCAGUUGCAAUCCCUCCCAGUUUGGAAUCAUCUGCAAAAUUAAUAAGCGUACUUUCUAUGCCAAUAUCUAAGUCGUUAAUGAAGAUAUUGAACAGAGCCAGUCCCAAAACAGACCCCUGCGAUACCCCACUCGUUAUGGCUUUCCAGCAGGAUUAGGAACCAUUAAUAACAACUCUCUGAAUACGGUUAUCCAGCCAGUUAUGCACCCACCUUAUAGUAGCCCCAUCUAAAUUGUAUUUGCCUAGUUUAUCGAUAAGAAUAUCAUGCGAGAUCGUAUCAAAUGCCUUACUAAAAUCUAGGUAUACCACAUCCACAGCUUCUCCCUUAUCCACAAGGCUCGUUAUCCUAUCAAAGAAAGCUAUCAGAUUGGUUUGACAUGAUUUGUUCUUCACAAAUCCAUGCUGGCUAUUCCCUAUCACCUUACCACCUUCCAAGUGUUUGCAGAUGAUUUCCUUAAUUAAUUGCUCCAUUAUCUUCCCUGGCACAGAAGUUAAACUCACUGGUCUGUA